CAUGUUGAAUCUCUCUUCCUUUUGAUUUCAGGAAGAUCCAGAUUAUUGCUAAGAGAUGUCGUUAACUGCCAGUACCACCAUGAGUGCGACUACUUUGCCAAUAGUGAGAGCAGGGGAUCAAUGCCGGAAGCAAUUCAAGCCAAUACCAUCAGUUCCUGCUGGCCUCCAUCCGCUUGGCAUGCAGUCUCAACUCAUUAACAAUAGAAGACGAUUGAUAUGUCCUGUUCAACAAAAGCGUGCUUCAAUUAUAUGUUCUUCUGCUCUGAAUGCGAGAUGUGCUGAAGGACAGACACAGACGGUUACACGGGAAUCAUCAACCAUUACAGUUGCACCAGUUCAAGGAAAGGAGAAAUCUCCUGACCUGGAUGAUGGUGGGACUGGGUUCCCCCCUCGUGAUGAUGAUGGAGGUGGAGGUGGAGGUGGGGGUGGCGGAGGCAAUUGGAAAGGUGGGUUCUUCUUUUUCGGAUUUCUUGCUUUCCUAGGCCUCUUGAAAGACCAGGAGGAUGAAGGACCCUAUCGGGACCAACGCAGAAGAUGAAGAACCACCAUAAACAUAUCAACAUAGAAAUCAAAGAGGUUUGGAAGCCCAAGAGUCGUAAUGGUCUUCCC